AUGGCCGCCAAGAUGUCCACGAUGGAUGAGGAGAAGAUCAACUCGCUCAUACAGCAGUGGCUCCAAGAAAGGGGUUACUUGCGAACUCUGAGGACUCUACAGGAGGCAUCUCCUCCUUCUGACCGGAUGUUGGAAAGCGGCUUUGAGGCAGAGGAAGCUGAGUUGGGGGGGCAGCUGUGCUCGAUCUUGUAUGACUUCGUGGAGAUGAAGAACUCUCUUGAGGAUCGACCUGUGGACAUUCUUGAAGAAGAGCGACGAGCCGCAGAGGAAGACCUGUUGAGCCUACCCGAGGAUGUUAGCUUCCCGUCUGUUUUUGCUGCAGAGUUGAGGAAUGUUCAUUCAGCCAACAUCAUUGCUGUGAAGAUCAGUCCGAAUGGAGAGUACAUCGCUACAGGUUCAGCCGACCGAUCGACGAAAAUCGUUGACUUCGAGACAAGAAAAGUGCUGCGAACGAUAGUCGCGCAUGAAUCCCCUGUGCUCUCCCUUGCAUUUUGCCCUACCUCGCCUCAUCUCCUGCUCUCCACGGCGAUGGAUGGAAGUGCAGCUAUUUCCAACGCAGAGACAGGGGAGGUAGUGGCUACCUUCAAAAACCACAACAAAUACGUUAUCCGAGGAGCCUGGUCCCCUGAUGGCCAGCUCUUUGCAACCUGCGGCCACGAUAAGCACGUGAAUAUCUAUAAAGUGGUCGAAGGGGAACCAGGGGAAGCGCUGGAAGCACCUAAGGCUCCGAUUUUCGAAAAGUUCCGCAGCAAGGAGUUUGUCAACAUCCCGGAAGCCAUUGCUUUCCUCUCAGACUCUGCAACCCUCGUGAUAUCAAUCCGGGGAGACAACUACCUGCACUAUCUAGACACGCAGAGUGGGGAAGAUAUGAAGGUCAAUCUCAACCAGCAAGGCGACGACCAUGUCAGCUUCACGGUGUUGGACCUUGUCCCUUCACCUGAUGGGAAGUACUUGCUAGCGUCCACUGACAAGUUAUUCUCUGGCGCUCUAACCCCACCCCGCAAGUCGAGGUUGGUCUUGUACCCUGUGGGCUCCAGCGCGCAGCUACGAUGGUACUACGGUGCUGUAAACGACGAGCUCUGUCAGGAUCAGAAGCUGUACUGCUGGAAGGUCACUAGCCAGAAGGUUGUUGCCCAGCUGGUGGGGCACACUGGAACAGUCCGAGAUCUAGACAUCAGUUGGGACGGCAAGACUUUGAUCUCAGCAUCCUUUGACAAGGUACUAGGAGAAGGGCAAGGGGGGACGCGUGUUUACUCGUUGCAAUCAGUCUCUCCGACUUUGGACGGCGUCGUCGUGAUCUUCACGCUUACUGCUGCUCCCGUGGCCGCUCUGUGCGACGGGCGCAGAAGCUACCGACGCACUGAGUGGAGCGGAAACUACAACCUGAUCUUCAAUUACAACUUGGUGCUCGCUCCAUACACAGAGUCCGAGGGCACACCACAGCAUCAGCUAGAAGCAGCAAGCCCGUUUGAAUCUUGUCGAUACCUCAGCCACAACCCAGACCCAUCCGCUUCUACUGGGGUUUACUGCGACGCUAAGGACCUCGGCUAA